GCCGCAGGGCGCUGGGAGGGGCGGGAGCGCGAAGGCGCGGCCCCGGGAACAGCCCCCGGGGUGGCGGGGCGGGCGGCGCCCGGAGCUAGGCCGGGGGUCGCGGCGGCGAUGAAACGGCCACCGGCGGUGAGACGAGGCGCUGCGCCAGGAAGCAGGAGCCCGCACCUGCGUGGCCCGGGAUGGAGCUUCUGAACAUGUGUCCUCCUCAAUGAACCCACAGUGAUCCACUUGUUUUGCCUUCUCCCAGCUCAUGCAUUCUUCAAGUCUUGGUAACUGCAACGUUUUGUCUGUUCAGGCUCCAAAUGAUCAGUGAAACAGGAACCAAAGUUAAGUGCCUCAUGAUGCAUCAAAACGAACCUGGGAAAACUAUGAGCUAUUGACUGGACUGCCUCUCUGAAUCAGCUGGUACUUUCUGUCUCUAGUUUAAGAGCUCCCCAAAGGCAACCUGAAAUCCAGAAACUUCUCAGAAUAGGAUGGGGAAAUUCUGAAGUUCUCCUGAAACACAUUUAUCUCUCAAGCUUUGGAAGGAGUCAACAUCUAGAAUCCCAGACCACUGCCUGGAGUGGUGUGAUAUCCUAAUCGAUGUUUGACAAAUGGAGCCUGUGUCCACAGGGCUUGACCAUUUGCUGGAUGGAGUUCCAGAAUGGUGAGAUAUCUUGGGAUUCACCUGGUUUAGGAAAGACCUUUAACGACCAGCUGCUAGUCACCUCAAGGUUCUUUGAGUAGUCAAGUCUUCAGGUCUUCUCACUAUGGUCUGUUCUGAUGGAUGGCUCCCAGCAGCGUGAAAGAGAAGGGUGACCUUGUUUUGUGGGUAGGACAACUGAGAAAGAAGGAGCUGUGUUGUGGUAAAGCCGGUAGGAAGAGAUAGCCACCUAGAAUGUCCCCACUAAACCAGUCAGUGGAAGACCUUCUCCAGGAGACCUCCAACAGAUCCUGGAAUGCCACUGAGACCCCAGAGGCUUGGGAUCCAGGGAUCCUCCAGGCUCUCAAGAUUUCUCUUGCUGUGGUCCUUUCCAUCAUCACGCUGGCCACCGUGCUUUCUAAUGCCUUCGUGCUUACUACCAUCUUCCUCACCAGGAAGCUCCACACUCCGGCCAACUAUCUCAUCGGCUCUCUGGCCAUGACUGACCUCUUAGUUUCCAUCUUGGUCAUGCCCAUCAGCAUUGCAUAUACCACCACUCACACCUGGAGCUUUGGCCAAAUCCUGUGUGACAUCUGGCUGUCUUCUGACAUCACGUGCUGCACGGCCUCCAUCCUGCAUCUCUGUGUCAUUGCUCUGGACAGGUACUGGGCCAUCACUGAUGCCCUGGAGUACAGUAAACGCCGGACAGCAGGCCACGCGGCUGCCAUGAUUGCCAUCGUCUGGACCAUCUCCAUCUGCAUCUCCAUCCCGCCACUCUUCUGGCGGCAGGCCAGAGCUCAUGAGGAGAUGUCGGACUGCCUGGUGAACACGUCGCAGAUCUCCUACACCAUCUACUCCACCUGCGGCGCCUUCUACAUCCCGUCUGUGUUGCUUAUCAUUCUCUAUGGCCGGAUCUACCUGGCUGCCAGGAACCGAAUCCUGAAUCCGCCCUCGCUCUACGGGAAGCGCUUCACCACAGCGCAUCUCAUCGCCGGCUCUGCGGGGUCCUCGCUCUGCUCCCUCAACCCCAGCCUUCACGAGGGGCACUCCCAUUCGGCCGGCUCCCCUCUCUUUUUCAACCACGUGAAAGUCAAGCUCGCUGACAGUGUCCUGGAGCGCAAGAGGAUUUCUGCUGCUCGAGAAAGGAAAGCCACUAAAACCCUGGGCAUCAUCCUGGGGGCCUUUAUCAUCUGCUGGCUGCCCUUCUUCGUUGCCUCUCUGGUCCUCCCCCUCUGCCGGGACUCCUGCUGGAUCCAUCCAGCCCUCUUUGACUUUUUCACCUGGCUAGGUUAUUUAAACUCCCUCAUCAAUCCAAUAAUCUAUACCGUGUUUAACGAAGAGUUUCGGCAAGCGUUUCAGAAAGUUGUCCAUUUCCGGAAAGCCGCCUAGUCCUAUCCAGUGGCGACUCUUGUCAUCUUUUGUGUCCUAUAACUCGACUGAAAUGGUCCUUUUUAUUUUUUCCUGAGAUUUGGGUUAAUCCUGAUGUCUUGGGCUGUGGUUCAGUCAACAGGAUCGUUCAGAAUUCUUUUUCCUGUUGUCUUCUUGACCUCUGAGCCACCGGAAGUGGGACAGCUGUGUGGAAAGGACAAGACUGAAGAUCUCACUUAGCAUAUUUUCACAGUUCAUCCAUAUUGGAAGAAAUUGACCCACAGGAUUCCCUGUUGAUGCAAUUCAGGAGGGAAGCUGUCUGACUGUAGAAAGACUGCUCUCAAAGAGGAGGCUUUCUGGUCCUUAAGUUUCGUGUGGAGCUCAAAGACAAGAUAAAUGACCUGAGUUGAAAGAGAAUUUGGAGUCAGAACGGAGGGGGUCUCUAUUCCAGGUGGCACCUUGAUUGGAAAAUAACACCCAGGGAUUUCUAAUACUGAGUCCUCUUUAGAUUGAAUCUCUUCCACUUGUUCAUGGGGAGAGAUUCAGUAUUUGAGGUGCCGGGGAUAUAGACUGACAGAGAGAGCUGCAGCAGCAGGGGGCAGGGGAGUGGGAUGGCUGGAACCAGAUCAGCUACCUUGUACCCUUCCUCCUUCCCCAGCUUCUUUGCACUAUCUUAACGUUCUGAAAUUAAAACCCACAAUCACCCCCACUGAAGUAUAUUGGCAGACUCUGGAGCCACCAAGCUUUGAGUGGAAUGCUAUUCUGAACCUUGUUUUCUGAAUUAUUUUUUUAUAUUCUGUUCUCUUCAGAGAUCUUAAGAUGUUGAGUCUUGUCAAAUAAAAAGCAUGAGACAUCAUCAUCA